AUGAAGUGGCUUGAGGGGGCAGAGAGAACCACAUUUUCAUCCCCGGGGCUCCGUCCUCGGAUCGACCUCUUCUUCCUUCCGUCAGAAACAAGCCAACAGCCCAAGGGCGCCAGGUCGUUCCGUCGAAAGAUUCGUGGGUGGCUUCGGCUGAGCAGCCGCCCACCUGAAAGGCCUCCUCUGUGGAGCAGGUCGCGCCUGUCUCCAGAUACGGAAACAGCCGCCUUGCGAGUCGCCAAACCGGUCCGUCGGGAAUCUGUCCUCGUAUUAUUUGGCAGCCGAAAACUCUCACCGCUCCACGGGCAAAAAGACGCCGGCGAACUCCGAGACGCUCAGCCGCACCCACCGGUGGGGUGCACGGACCCCCGAACAGGCCCCCGAGGAUCGCCAGGGGCCGCCUGGCGCAGCUCUCUGCCCUCGAACCCGGAACCUCGGCGGCGCCAAACGGAGCGAAGCCUGGCCUGGAGCGGCGGAGUCGCGGGCCCCGGGCCUGGUUCGCCCGCGGAGAUUUCGAGCACCAGCCCCAGCGGUUCGGAGGGGUUCGCCGCACCGGAGGAAGGCGAGGGCGGCCCGCGGGACACCGGCACCCUUUGCCAGGCCCAGGAGGGAGCGCCGGGAGAAGAUGACACCACUGUCGCCUCGGCAGCAGGGCAAGGAGACCCGGUGGUGCCCGAAGACGCGGCGAGGAGUGGCGACGAGGAGGACAGCGCGUCCAGAAAGUCCCCAGGGCUCCCCGGGGCCGCGCUUGAGCCCGAGCGGCCGGCGUCGGUGUCUGAAGGGGAGUUCGACUGCAUUCUCCCUGCGCCCGGUGGACCGGAGGAUGCGAACGGCGCGGCGGGAACGGGCGAGAACGAGCCUCCUUCGGCGCUGCCCCGCGCGUCCCCCGACGGAGAGGAAGAUGCGGAGUGCCCGAUUUGCACAGAGUUUUACGACGGCGACGUCCACCGCCCGUCGCGCCUGAACUGCGGCCACGAGCUGUGCGCGCGCUGCCUGGGCGCUGUCCUGGAGGCGUCGGGCGCCGCUGAAAUCGGCCGCGCGCGCUGCCCGCUGUGCCGCCAGAAGACGCCGGUGAUGGAGUGGGAGAUCCGGAAGCUUCAGGAAGAGAUGCUCUUGCUCGAGUCGCCGCAAGAAUCGGCGGCGGGGCGCGCGGAAUUCGAACCCUUGCCCGAACGCCGGCCCGGCGCCUGGGGCCGCCUGGAGCACCGCUUCCAGAUGCGCUUCCGCGCCAGCCGCCCGGAGCACGGCGCCCUGCCCUGCCUGCGCUACCCGCUCGGGAUGGUGCAGGGGCUGGAGCGGCUGGAGCGGCGCAGCCGCUGGCUCUACCGGUUGGUCCUGCUGGGGCUGCUGGCCGCCGAGACGCUCAGCCUGUUGGUCUUCUUCCUGCCGCUGCUGGUGGUCUUUCUGCUCUUCGCCAUCCUGGAGAGGUGGCGGUGAGUUCCGUCGGAUAGGAGAGGAGUGGCUCUCCAACUCGGAUCUUCGCCGGAGGGGCGCGCGCGGGCCUUUCAAAAGGCUGCAGGAUUCGGAGGCAAGGAGGCGCUUUACACAACAUGAGAGCGGGAGGCUCUUUGCGCAUUGCAAGCAGGAUUGGAACUCAAGAGCAGCCUUCGGUGGAGCAGGAAGCGCUUUGCAGAGCCCGAAAAGGAUUCGAAUUCGAAAGUGGCGCCCCUCUCCCCUCCUGCUGUCGCCGGCCAAGCAGCUGCGGAAGUGUUGAGGGCUUGGGCAGUGGAGACGAGAGUGGCCGGGUUCUGGGAGCCCAGAGUGGUGGGGAAAGGGGGAAAGGGACCCGAGGGCCAUCCAGCCCAACCGCCUGCGAGACAGGCAUCUCCACCUGAGCCUCCAGGACAGAUGGCCACCCAACCUCUGCUUGGAAACCUCCAACGGGAUAUUCAAGAAACAGAGCUGUAAUGGCCGAGAGUCGUCCUCAUCCCUCUUCUCCUCCGUUAAUUUAUCGACCUCUCCUUUAAAGACGUCCAAGCUGGUGGCCAAAACUACCUCCUGCAUCUGUGAGUUCCAGGGUUUAGCUAUGGGCCAAGUAAAGCAGGAUUUUCUUUCGCCCUUUUGCGGAAUGGAGUCAGCUGCUGUAGCCCUUUGGGGUACAUCCUCACCCACCCCACUGCUAUGGGGUCGGGGAGUCCACCAUCCUUUUAUUGGAGAUUCUUGCCUUGCAGCCGUUUGGGCUACAUGACCCGUGGCAUCCCAUCCUAUUGUACCAUCCCAUGUUCUUAUAACUGUGAUUCUUGCCUUGUGUACACUUGAAAACGUUGGCAGCAUUAAGAUAAAUUCAACAGUGCAAACAAGUUUUGAUGGAUGUAAUAAUGGAUGACUGAAUGGUUUAGUUUAUGUAAAAUAUGAAGGAAUUUAUGAUAUGCGAAAUGAACUAUGGAAAGAGAACAAGGGAAGUCACUGACAUUUUCAGGUUGUUUAAAUGAAUAUUCUCAAUUGUAAAACAGAAAAUUUAAUAAAAAUUAUACAC